AUGGCUAAUCUUCUCAUGAUUGUCGUUGCUCUUGCCCUCAUUUAUCUGACUUGGCACUUCCAAUGUUUAUUCACGAAUUAUCGAGCAGCCCGCCGAUCGGGCUUCCCUGUUCUCGUCAUACCAUUCAAUGUUGUCAAUCCAGUCUACAUUUUACUUGGUGCCACUUUGAGACCUCUUUUUGAAAAGAUUGUUGCGCCUCUCCUGAAUGAAAGCAUCAGCAAAGCUGUCUGGAACGAGGCCUCAAGUCAAGCCAAUGCAUUACUCACAUCCUUGACCGAUGUACAAAGUGCAAAGGGCAACGUAGGCCAAACUGAUGCUACCAUGGCAGGUAUCCGUUCGAUUGCUAUCAAGGUGAUUGGCAGCGUCAUCUAUGGUACCCAAAGCUCCUGGCAAGAGGGCACCACGGAAGCACCCAAGGGUUAUCGACUGACCUAUAUGGAUGUCAUUCUCGAGGUCAUCGAAAAAUUGUUCAUCGCAGUAUUUGUCCCCACCAAAGUCUUGACGUCGCCAAUCAUGCCAAAAAGUAUUCAACGCGUAGGUUAUGCAGUCGAAGAAUACCCGAGACACGUUCAGCAAAUUCUCGAGAGCGAGAGAGACACUGGUCAUGCAAGCCGAAAGAAUCUCUUGAGCACACUGAUUGCAGCGUCAGAUGCCGAAAGUGCCAGGAACACAGGAGCUUCAAAAUCGCGGAUGUAUCUCUCGGACAAAGAGCUUGCUGGGAACUUCUUCCAAUUCACUGUCGCUGGAUUUGAUACGACGGCUAAUACCAUGGCGUACGCGGUCACUCUUCUGGCCUUGUAUCCUGAAUGGCAAGACUGGAUUCGUGAGGAGAUAAAUGAGGUCAUGCAUGACAAGAGCUUAGAAUACGAGGCCGCGUAUCCAGUCCUUAAGCGCUGUCUUGCUUUGAUGUUCGAGGUGCUCCGCCUCUACACCCCAAUUGCACACAUCCCUCGCUCCACUGCAUCAGCCCAACAGCUCCCAAACCCUUCUGGUCCAGCUUAUAACGUAUCUGCCAACACCACCGUCUACAUAUCGGGUGCGUGUCUGCACGUCUCUAGUGCCAUCUGGGGCAAAGACGCGCUUGGUUUCCGACCUUCUCGAUGGCUAAGUCCAGAGGGCGACUUUGUGGAGCAUCCGCGGUCGUCGUUUAUUCCCUGGUCCACAGGUCCGCGUCUUUGUCCGGGAAUGAAGAUGGCGGAAGUAGAGUUUGUGGCGGUCAUGAUGUCGAUCUUUCGGACUUGGAAAGUGGCGCCCGCCGUGCUACAAGGAGAGACGACUGAAUUGGCUAGUGAGAGGUUGAGGAAAGUUGUGGCGGACUCGCAUCCGAGGCUUACGCUACAGAUGAAUCGACCGAAAGAUGUGUUAUUGAGAUGGACCAGACAUGAGAAUUAG